AUGCUUAGGAAAAAUAUCAGAAUGAGAAGAGAAUAUCUCUUCAAUAUGGAAUAAGAGAAGAAGGCUAAAUCAAAAUAUGAACAAAAAAUUCAAAUUAAGAAUGCAGUUGCAAUGAAUAAGAGUAUACCAACUGAAUUAUACAAGGAAUCUGAAAGCUUGAAAAAAGAAUUAUAAACAAAUGACAUCAAUACAAUUAUUCCUAGAAAUCAUAUCGAUGAUGAAUACGCCACAGCUGAAUACAGAGAACCUAUGAUUUUAAUUACUACCUCCAGAGAUCCCUCUCCAAGAUUAGUUAAUUUUUAAAAGGAACUUGUCUCUUUCUUCCCUAAUAGUGAAAGAAUGAACAGAGGUCAAACUGUAGUUAAAGAGUUAAGUAGAUAUUGUAUAUAAAAGAAUGUGACAGAUUUAGUUAUUUUACACGAACAUAGAGGUGAACCAGAUGGUAUGAUUAUUACUCACUUUCCUCUUGGUCCUACUCUAUAUUUAGGUAUUAAAAAUGUUGUCUUACGUCACGACUUAAAAACUGAAAAGCUAGAUGCUGUUAGCAAAUAAAAUCCUCAUUUAAUCUUCAACAACUUCAAUUCACCCUUAGGAGAAAGAAUUACUUCAAUUUUAAAGCACUUAUUCCCAGUUCCAAAGCACGAUUCAAAGAAAGUAAUUACUUUCUCAAAUAAUAGUGAUCUUAUAUCUGUUAGACAUCAUGUCCAUGAUAAAGUUGAUUACAAAACUGUAGAUCUUAUUGAACUUGGUCCUCGUUUUGAAUUAAAACCUUAUUAAAUUUCUUUAGGAACUUUAGAUUAAACAGAAGCUACCAAAGAAUGGGUACUUCGUCCUUAUAUGAACACUGCUACUACUAGACAAGCUUUUUGA